UACUUACGUGCCGGGAAAUCCGUUUUUCGUUGGCGGUAGGAAAAUCAGCGUGUUAGUUUUCCGCUGGCGCCGUUGGCGUUCGUUGAUUGCACAGGAUUUCUUUGUGUCGCCACAAAAGGAAAUCUAUCGUAACUAUUAUGAAAAUGUCACAGAUUCCCCUCCUCAUCGUAACUCCACUCGUAGCUUUUUAAAUGUCUUAACAACAUUUAGGGGAAAUAAUCACAACGCACUUUAAAAAUGGAUCUGUCGUACGUGCUGAUAGUGGUCAUCACUAAAUGUUUACUUUUCUCGGCAGCAAGUGGUCAGCAAGACAAAUCAGAAGGUUGUCCUUCUCCCGGUUUUACUUUGAACGGCACUAUUGUAGUGCCUCGAUCCGGCAUAUCGCCAGAUUUUUCAUCGUUGUCUGAAGUGAAGUUUCCCGCACAUUUACCAUCCCCUUCACCUGUAAACGAUGAAAAAGCUAUAGUGCCAUCAAGUGAUGCUCCGUCCAGAGUCUGUAAAAUAAAGUGUAUAGCAGGUCAAUGGGUUGGUCCUUUGUGCCAAGAAUCAAACGGCGAUGGAAGAUUUCAACCAAUACUUAAAUCGUGCAUACUUGAUGAAUUACCACCAAAUGUCAUAUUAUCCUUUAAGAAUCAAAUAAUUCUGGAGCUCAAUACGACAAUACCGCACAAUCACACUAUAUCAGCAAGAUGUCAAGAGCCAAUAGGAACGUUUAAAUUAAAUGGGCCAUCGAUAUUGAACUGUAGUAACGGCGUAUGGUCUAGUCCCAUUCCAAAAUGUCAACCAACGACAUUAUUUACAAAUUAUACAGAAAACUCGCCACCAACUAUUUUAGUGAGAGUACCUUCAGGUUCGGCUGCUGUAGAUCAGAAUGGCGGUUUAGUUGUUUUUCCUGGAUCAAUACUACAUUUAGAAUGUUUAUAUUUAAGAAGACACGGUGAUCCAGUUUGGACUUGGACGUCUGAAGCAGAAACUUAUCUCGCAGGAUGGGCUAUUGGUAAUGAGGAACGAAAUUGGAAGUAUCGGCUAUCAAUUUAUUAUGUAAAACAUUUUGAUAGUGGCACAUUCACCUGCACAACACCGCGAGGAAUCAAUAAUACGAUAUCAUUGCGCAUAUCAGAUAUACAUUGCAAACCUGUUCCUAGUAUGGACUUGAGUUUACAUUUGAAUUAUAGAGCUAGUGGACAUAGACUUGGCCAAACAGCUUAUUUCAACUGUCCGCCUGGAUUUUUCUUGAAAGGUCCAGCAAAUAUUACUUGUCUCCCUUCAGGAGAGUGGUCAAAUGAACCGCCAGUUUGCAUUAUGGUCAAAUGUCCACCAAUCAGCGUCGACGAUUCUCGGCUGAUCAUGAUCGAAUACAACAAUACCUACGGAAAACGCGCUGUAUUCAAAUGCGCGUGGGGUUUUCAAAUGUCCGGAGAAAACUCGAUACAAUGCAUGGAAGAUUCAACGUGGUCACAUCAAAUACCAACUUGUACAGAAAUUCUGUGUCCAACACCUGUAAUUCCAUUAAAUGGAAUAUUGAUCGAAGACUCUGCUCCAGAAAAACACGUUGUUGGUUCUGUGGUACAGUUUUCUUGCGGUGAAAGGCAUCAAAUGAUUGGAAAAGCCAGCAUUAUGUGUAUGGAAAAUGGCACUUGGUCACAUUCUCCACCAUAUUGUAAGGCAAGAUGUGAAUAUCCGGGCGAGCCAACAAAUGGACGUAUAAUACCAUUGAAAUUCUGGUACGCGCCGGGUGAUAAGUUAAAAAUAACGUGUCUUACUGGUUAUGUUCUUCCUCUACCAACGGAAGCAAGUCCACCAGUCUGCUUAAACAAUGGUACUUGGUCAUUUCCGUUACCCAAAUGUAUACAGUACACGAACGUGUGAUUCAGAAGAAAUAACACAAUUAAAUCACUACUCAAAUUUGGGUUUAUACGAGAGUGUGUUCUAACAGACAGUGUGUACAGAUUUCAAUACGCAAAAAUCUUUGUUAUGACGGAAUACAUGAUUUUUUUACACAAUCGCGUUUUUAAUUGUAUUGUAAAAAAAUGUAUAAUUUAAAUUUGUUUUAUUUUUGUCAAAACGACAAUUACGUUGAUAUAAAUAUUCAUGACUUUGAAA